AAUCAUAGUCAUACUCCCUCUCCCUCUUUUUGUAUUGUACGCGUGUACGUUUACAGCGGUUCAUUUAUAUUUCAUAAGGCCAUUCACGAAUACAUAUUAACCAGGUGCGCCAUUGGUAUUGCACGUGAAAUAUGGCGUCACCUGCUUUGGGGAAACUGGUCUGGAGUGGAAAACUAUGGAUGUCGUGUUUCUUCGUUUUGUUCUUUCCAAACUUCAUACGAUGCGAGGGAGAAGUCCGCCUUGUUGCAGGUCCCACUGCAAACGAAGGUCGGGUUGAGAUCUACCACAAUGGUAUAUGGGGGACAGUAUGUGAUGACUUUUGGGAUGACUCUGAUGCGAGGGUAGUUUGUCGACAGCUUGGAUACUCGGGAAAUGUUGGUGAAGCAAGGGGUGGUGGUACAUACGGACAAGGAUCUGACCCGAUAUACCUUGAUAAUGUCGCCUGCUCCGGAUAUGAAUCCAGGUUGACUGAUUGCAGUAAUGGCGGAUGGGGCAACCACAACUGCGUACACUCUGAAGAUGCUGGAGUUUACUGUGAAGAUGAAACAGAGGGAGAAGUCCGCCUUGUUGACGGUCCCACUGCAAACGAAGGUCGGGUUGAGAUCUUCCACAAUGGUUUGUGGGGGACAGUAUGUGAUGACAGUUGGGGUGACUCUGAUGCGAGGGUAGUUUGUCGACAGCUUGGAUACUCGGGCAAUGUUGGUGUAGCCAGGAGUGGUGGUACAUACGGACAAGGAUCUGACCCGAUAUACCUUGAUAAUGUCGCCUGCUCCGGAUAUGAAUCCAGGUUGACUGAUUGCGGUAAUGGCGGAUGGGGCAACCACAACUGCGGACAUUCUGAAGAUGCUGGAGUUUAUUGUGGAGAUGAAAUAGAGGGGGGAAUCCGCCUGGUUGACGGGUACAAUUCAAAUGACGGCAGGGUUGAGAUCUACCACAGUGGCCAAUGGGGGACAGUCUGUGAUGACAGUUGGGAUGACCUGGACGCGAGUGUAGUUUGUCGACAGCUUGGAUACUCGGGCAAUGUUGGUGGAGCCAGGAGUGGUGGUACAUACGGACAAGGAUCUGGCCCGAUAUAUCUUGAUGAUGUGGGCUGUUUGGGAUAUGAAUCCGGGUUGACUGAUUGCAGUAAUCGCGGAUGGGGCAACCACAACUGUGGACAUUCUGAAGAUGCUGGAGUUUACUGUGGAGAUGAAAUAGAGGGGGGAAUCCGCCUGGUUGACGGGUACAAUUCAAAUGACGGCAGGGUUGAGAUCUACCACAGUGGCCAAUGGGGGACAGUCUGUGAUGACAGUUGGGAUGACCUGGACGCGAGUGUAGUUUGUCGACAGCUUGGAUACUCGGGCAAUGUUGGUGGAGCCAGGAGUGGUGGUACAUACGGACAAGGAUCUGGCCCGAUAUAUCUUGAUGAUGUGGGCUGCUUGGGAUAUGAAUCCGGGUUAACUGAUUGCAGUAAUCGCGGAUGGGGCAACCACAACUGUGGACAUUCUGAAGAUGCUGGAGUUUACUGCGGAGACGAAAGAGAGGGAGAAAUCCGCCUGGUUGAUGGGUACAGUGCAAAUGAACUUGAUGGCAGGGUUGAGAUCUUUUACAAUGGCCAAUGGGGGACAGUCUGUGAUGACGGUUGGGAUGACGAUGACGCGAGGGUAGUUUGUCGACAGCUUGGAUACUCAGGCAAUGUUGGUGUAGCCAGGAGUGGUGGUACAUACGAACAAGGAUCUGACCCCAUAUACCUUGACGAUGUCGACUGUUCGGGAUAUGAAUCCAGGUUGACCGAUUGCAGUAAUACCGGAUGGGGCAACCACGACUGCGGACAUUCUGAAGAUGCUGGGGUACAGUGUGAAUAUUCUCCAACUCAGACUACAACUCAGCCUACGAUGAAAACAUCUCCACGUGUCGUGAGCGUCAUGGCAUCUGUAGGUGCGUGCUUGUCCUUGCUGACAAUGCUAGCCAUUGUAGCCGUAUAUUGGACCUGCAGUUCAUCGAAGACGGCCGUUACACCCAUGCCAUCGGAACCAGCGAUUCCUCUCAAUACCCUGAGUGCUCACCCUGCAGGCACCGACAUCCAAACAGCCACUGCAUCGAAUUUAAACUCUGGUGUGGCGUUUCAACAAACUAUAUACCCACACGAUGCAAACUUAAACCCUCUGCCACCGUCUUAUUGAACAACACACUAAUAUUCCAGUCACACCGACAAGACCAGCACCAUGCAGACCAAAACAAAAACAUACCCCCCACCCCCGCCCCCCCCCCCCAAAAAAAAGAAUAAUAAUAAUUCAAAAAUAAAAAUAAAAUAUCCGCAUUCCAUAAUUAGCCCUAUAACCGAGAAUCUAUCGGAUUUGAGUUAGUACGGAGUCAUUUUAGCAGUAGGAUUAAGGGUUCUACGGUAAAAGCUCCGUCAAUAAUUGCUUAGUUUCCAACAUUAACCGAAUUCCUAACUUUAGCCCUGGACCAAACAUUCUAAUCGACACCAACCCCCACCCAGUGGUUUAUCUGGAUAGGUAUAACCAAUGACCGAUACUCUACAUUACCGUUGUGUGAGACUGAUUUGCAACCAAGUAGAACAGUUAUUUGACAGGAUUAUAAUUCAUGAGGUUGAAAACGCACUUGAUGACAGACCUUCCUAUUAUUUCCUUAUUAAAUGAAAUGUGAGUCGUAACUAUUGUCUAUGUUUGAUUGAUGGAAAUUUGUCAGGAAGUGGGCAU